CAUCUCCUCACCCUGAAUAACCUCCCAAUGCACUCCUAUUACUGAGACGUAGAAGAAAAUCAGAUAGCCGCAAAGCUCAUUCCCCCUUCAAGUCCGCAUCCAUGGCGCUGCCUCGCGGCGACGACAGCGGCGACGCGGAGCUGCAGCAGCUCAAGCAGAAGCUGGAUCCAGUGGCGUUCGGUCGCGAUCUUGUGUCUCUGGACGAGCGCUUCGUGCCGCGCGGGCCGGAGACCACAGGCUUCGAGGUGGAGCCGCGGCCUAGCUCCUUCUACGGGGCUCUACCGACUCCAAGCGGCGCGGAGGAGGACGACGAUGAUGAAGACGACAUGGAGAGUAUCGAAGUGCCUGUGAACCGCUACGCCGGUGUCAUAUACGCCGCUCGCUUCUUCGUCACUCGCGUGGGUUUCCUACGCUCAGCCAAGAGGCUCUUGGUGCUCAGUAGCAAUCACUUGACUAUUGUAGACCCAUACUCAGACGAAGUGAAGGAACGCUAUGCCUUCGACAACAUCAAGGAGAUCACUAUCGCCUCAGACAGCGGCGGACACAACGCCGACCGCGCCUUCACCAUUUUUAUCGGUAAAAACCUCAAGGAAACAUACACAUGCAGAUGCAGACAGCAGCUGCUGUCGGCCUAUUACCAACUGAGAGAACGCGCUUCUUCCUUCAGAAAGGACGAGAUUGAAGCUGCUACUGCCGAUGCUCUGAGUGCAGUGGGGGCUAGUGUAGGCACCAGCGACAAUAGCUGGGCCACAGGCUCGGGAGGACCAGGAGGCAGCAACUCCAACUUGCUCGGCAGCGGCAUGUAUUUUGACAGUUUGUUUCAACUCUGUGGAAAGACUUUUACCAUGACGAAACUCAGUACAACACGAAGUAUCGCCAUUCACCCAGUUAAAGUGGAGGUGCUGCUCGCUGUACGUGCCGCGAGCUUGGACAGACUGGACCCGCAGACACGCGCCACUUUGUCGUCGAUUUUACUAAUUGAUAUCGUCAAGAUCCAGCGUGUGAACACCAACUCGAACGAACUGGUGCUCUACUUCGAGAACAACAGGGUGCAUCGGUACUGGUGUGACAGUCGAGAGCCGUUUAUCCAGGCAAUAGCUAACAAUUUACGGUCGUGGCUUAGUGUAUCAUUAUUCGUAGAGGAAGUUUCAGAUUCGUGCGAGUUCGACGCGUUAACGUCGACGCGAGAUAUCCCACAACCUGUUACGUUCGAGAUGCCAGUGUUGAAGAUCAGCAAGAACAAGUCGGACAAGUUGCAGCUACGUCUGCUGGGUCUCACGGCUCUGGCGAUCAUCGAACGAGACCCUGUGACGCGGAAAACCUUGGCAAGCCACUCUCUAAAUGACAUCUUUAACGUGGUGAUGUACCCAUCAGUGUCUUCUUCUCAAGAUGAUCCUGAUAGCGCGACUUCAGAGGGUUUGAGCGGCAAGUUCGCGUUGGAAUUGAAGCACGGACUGACGCGACGAUACAUCUGUCUAAGCUCGACUGUGAGUAGACGUGACAAGGAAGUGAGUCUUGGACUGAGUCGAGUGUCAUCGCAGCAUGAAAAGGAGCUUCGCCAACUUAUCGGAGAUAUCGCUGGAGAUAUUGACGUUCCUGAAUGGCUGAAUGUUGCUGGAUCUACGUCGCUGCUGAGUCCGAAGGAAGCUCGAAGUCUGUUCCUGAGCAACAUGAUCGAGAUGUGCCGCAUGAACAAGCUGCAUGUGCCGUGGUCAACGGAGGAGACGAAGAUUGCGUGCAAGGAAGGAACGUGGGGCACUGAGGUUCACCCUGAGUGGGAAGACAUCCUGUUACGCAAGCUGGUCAACCUGAACUUCAUUCCAAAUCUCGUGACGAACGAGAGUAUGUCCCUCAUCUACCACCAACUGGUCCAGUUUAACCGCAACAUUCCGUUGGGAGGUCUGCGUCAGCGUGAUCGCCGUGCUUUUGCGAGUCUGAUGAAGGUGCUAGAGAACUUCAAGGAGUAUUCUGUGGCUCAGCUCAACAGCCCUUCCAACACUGACGCGCCCAUCCCGACAACGGAGUUUCAAGUGGAGCUUUUGUUGGCAAUCCAGCGUCUGCUUUGUACUCGUGGAGUCUUUGAAGAAAUUCCGAGCUCGCAGUACAAGAACAGUAUCGAGGUAAUCAUGGAGUUGCUUCAUUCUCCCAUGGAGGAGGUGAGCUUUGCAGCGGCGUGCGUGGUCAAGUACAUGGUGGUCAACUACUCGGAUACUCGCAGCUUGAAGUCCGAAACGGCCAAUCGUCGAGCAAUAUUUACCAAAUAUCACAGCAGGAUGUAUGUAUCUCGUGCAUUCGAUCUAUCGAGGACCAAUCGGGUGGGUCGUGUACCGUUGCAUUCCACCUCUUCGGCUAAGACAGGGUCGAAUCAUGGAUUCCCAUCAGUGGCAGCAAUGUCCAAUACCGAACGCAGUAUGGCGAAUGCACUGGCAUAUUCUCAGCUGGGCUUGGACUACCUUGUACUCGUCAUGAUUCUGCAGACGCUCGAGGUUUGCUUGUCCAGUGGGAAGAAGGCAACCCCGGAGAGAGUGGCAAGGGAUUUGCUUCGAGCUAUGAGAGUGGAUGAUUUCUCUCGUCAUCAUGCUCUGUUCUUGUUCAACCGGUCGCUGAGUUUUUCGAUUACAAAAUGUUCGUCAAUUCUGGUAAAGGUGCACAUUUUGGAGCAACCUACCGAGCUUGUCGAGCUGAUUCAAGACUUCUCGAGGAAACACGGUGCUCUAGUAUGGCAGCUUUACCUGGCGCUGUAUACGCAAGACAAGGCUCAACGUCGAAUCUCGUCCCAGUUGGUGGCUCUACUCACUCAUGAAAACCCGCGCUCAUCGUAUGUUGUCCGGAAUAUCUUCCCACAUGCGUUGCUGGACGACCAGAAGGCCAACAAACUGGAGUAUGACGAGUUUGGGAGGCAUCUACCGACUGCAAACCCCGAGCUGUACGCUAAAAGCAACGGUAAUGCGCACAAGAAUGGGAAUCGCCGUGACAUUACCAAUGCUACAGAAAGUGGACGCAGCAAACUGAGCUACGGGAUCAAUACACGCGCUCGAUUGGCGCGAAACGUGAAGCACGCUGUGCUGUUGCCCGAAUUCUUUGACCGACUGGGUAAAACCUACGCGACUAAGGACCUUGUAUGGGGACCUAGCGCUGUGGAAGAGCUGAUUCGUAAACUUCAGGCCGAGAUGAGCGAACUGGACAUGUAUCGACUGAAGUAUCUAGGGUAUCUCUACACGGACCCGCUUGCAACUGACCAUACCGAGACCGAAUGGGACGCGUACCAAGCAAACAGGCUUCGUCACGACUCACAGCAUGCAAACUUCGCCCCGUUUCUCUUCGAGUUCUUGCAACAUGGUUCCGAAAGUCGACUUGCGAUCGAAAUGAUGAAGGGAACGAUCUCUUCAUCGAAUCGAUUCGCCAGGUUUAUGCCUCUGUCGUUCCUGCUAAAUCCCGACACGUCUGAAGAUCUCGAGAGUGAUGGUGGACUAGACGACGACAACUACGACAGUGAUGACAACUACACUGACGAGAACGGGUUUGUUUCUCGCUCCAACAGUAUCAUUCGUCCUGGGGAUAGCUCCGAUACCAAAACGGGCGAUCAUGAUGCCUCUCAUGAAGAUUUUCGCAGCGCUGCCUUGGCAAAGAAGAAGAAGAAGAGCGCCAAAAAUAUGCCUCGGUGGUUUGUGGCGUGGAAUUGCAAUGAAUUCCGUGUCGACUACGAGUGUCUGGAGAACGAGGUGAAGGUUGGUCCGUAUUAUCUCGCAAACAUUUUGGACGAUCGUGGUGUGUUGGUGGAAGACAUUGAAGGUGCGGAGAAGUUCAUGACGCUUCUGUAUUACCGUCUGCUGGCUGAGGACCGCAGUUUAUCGGCAUCGAAACUUCAGAACGGAGAGCGUUAUUCAUCAGCGGAUUCACUUGGCGAUGUUGACCAGUCUGACAUUCGCUUGUUGGUAUUGAAGGUCAUGAUUCAGCUGUACGAACGUCAUUUCAACGAGUUGGGGUCACUGGUGUUCCUGAACCACUUUCUACGAGUGAGCAUGAUGAUUAGCAAAGAUGGCGAGGACCGACGGUGGCCACUGAUUGUGCGUGGCAACAUCAUGUUGUUCCUGGAUCGGGUUUUAUCGAGCGCGUUGAAUGUGUCGCGCUUCUUACGUGAAGUAGACAACGUGACAAUGGUGUUGGAUUUGCUGCGUGAAGUGAAGCCGCUGGUCGUUCUUCAAGGCCCAAAUGACUCAGAGAAGGAGUAUAUCGUCGAGCCUGCAGCGGACGUUCAAGCCGAGUUAGAUGCAUCGGAAGAAGAGAACGAUGAUGUUCACGAUGCGGACGAAGAUGAAUAUGGUGAUGAUAGGGGCGACUACGAUGACGACGACGAGGACUAUGAUAGCGAGAGGGACAUGGCACGGAGAACGAUUGAUGCUCUGGAAGAGUCUGGUGCUGAGAGCUCCAUUAUUUCGAGUCACUCCGUCUCGCCCACGUACGCACAUCGUGACGAUGAGAGUGUGCAUGAGGAGGAGCCUAGUCGCGUGACCGUCGUAGCCGAACAUUGCGGUGCAAUGAGUGGUUCGAUGAUUAUGCAGACGUGCUUGAGCGUGCUUAGUCGUCUCAUUGAUUGCCACACCGCAGAAGAAGAAGGACAUAUGUACCAGGACAUUCGUUUCCCGAAAUAUGGACGACUUACGCACUUCGAAGGCUCGGGUGUGAGUCCGAUCAGCUCCAUCAAGCGUCGGCUGUGCGAAGAUCAGACUCUCCGGUUCUUGGUGGGACUUCUGGACUGUCCGAAUCGCAUUGUGUUCAAGAAGUGUCUCGGCUUGAUUCGACUUCUCGUUCGACACAACGAGGCCAUCAUCCCGAAUCUACAUGCUUCAGGCAUCUUUUAUUACUUGCUCCGUUUCUCUCAGGACGUGGACGAGAUGUCGAUUGCAGCGCGUCUAAUCUCUCACAUCCAUCUGCGGCAAUCAGGACUCGACGUUCCGCAUCUGAUUGAUGACAAGCAAAAGGGAGAGAACAAGAAAGGAGUCUUUUCUCCUGAUCCGUUGACACGAAUAUGCUUGAGAAGUUGGCUGGUGCGUGUGCUGCCAGUGUCGAUGGUGGCUCAGCUGCUGCGUCAUGGACCGCGACGAUUUGCUACCGCUCUGUUCUCAGACGCGAAUAACCCGGAAGUGGUGUGGAAUGCGAACAUGCGCAGCCAAAUGGUGUCGUACAUUGAGAAGUUCAUGGAGCUUCAUACCGAUGACAACGGCAUGUUCUAUAUUUCAGAAAACGAGGGCUCGGAGCACAAGGCUUGCAUCGCAUUGAUCCAGUACCCGAAGGAAGUUCACGCACUGCAGUGCUACCAGUAUUACCUGCACAACCUUCUUGACGAGAAGAACUUCCCCGGAUGGCCAAUCAAUGACGAAACUGCAUUCUUACGGGCUUUACUGGACUCGAUUCGUCGCUGGGUACACCCUGGAUUACUGCUAACUGCCCGCGGGGCUCAAGCGACUGAAGGCCAAUCCACGAAACUUCUCUCCGUGUCUGAUGCUGUUGAGUUGCUUGAUGCCACAGCGCUGCUUCUACGUCGUUUUCCGGACUCUCCGACCAUCACGAACCUGCCGAACUUUUCGUACUUCUUGGAGGCUUUGGAACGGUGUAUUACGGAGCUGAAAGACAACCGGGUUGGCCCGACAAAGACGUUCUUCGACGUGUCCAACGCCAUUGCGACAAAGACUGCGUUCGUGAGAGCAUUUGGAAGUGCCAUUCGUGUGAUCAAUCUGGCUGUCAGUAUUUCAGACGAGAAUGCGCACCAGUGCAGCUCUGGUCUGGGACUUCGCGUGCUUUGCAACUCUCUCCAGUUGCUUUUCCACAACCAGGAAGCUCUGAGUACUAUCGAUGGGUGUACACCAAACGUGAUGACACACUGGGUGUUAGAAGCCCUCGUGAACGUUCUGAAUCAGCCCAAUGGACGCGUAUCGGCAGCUGCGCAGUCUAUUGAUUUAUUGCCGUGUUUAACUCGUUUCCUGUCGCAAAAAGGGGACCGGUUGGCGACGGACUUGUCCCUCCAGAUUGUGUACGAAAUGGCCGGAAGUUCUGGAGAAAUGGCAGAAGUUUUGUUGCUGCAGCUGGCCGAGCAUGGCAUCCUGUGGUAUUUGACGCUUCUAUUGUUCCACUAUCAGCCAAACAAUGAUGACGGUGAUGGAGAUAUGCAGCGGAUCAGCAUCGGCGCAGCAAAAGCGCUGGGUCGGAUCCUGGAAGCCAACGCGAGGGAGGAGUCGAUUGCUGUAUUUGUCAGGCGGAUGCAGGCUACAAUCGAACAAGUCUUUACACGUCCACUAGUAGACAUCCUACGACGAGCAGGACCGAUUAAAAUGUUGGACGUAUUGGCAACUGAAGUUCGUGAGCCGCAUGUUAUGUGGACCGAACGCAUGCGGAAGGAGUUGAUCAGUCUCGCUCAGCGUGCAAUUCAUUUCCAUACAACGCUGGACCAAAGCGACGAGGAAAUGCACAAGGUGUUUGAACUACCACCCUACUUCAUGUACACAGCACAAAAGGAGGAGUUGUGUGUGGCGGGGAUCUAUGUGAACUUCUUCAACGAGAACCCGAAGGACGGAAUUCUCGCUCAGAUCGCUGGAACUGUGAAUAGUGGAAGUCGUGUGGAUAUGUUCAAGGCAAAGCCGACCACGAAGAAAGAGAUCCAAGCUGCUGCUGCUGCCGCGGCAGAGCUGGAGAAUCGUACAGUUAGUGGCCAUGUGAUGCAUGGUCUGCUGGCAGCGCUAUCAUACGACAUCUCGAGCGUCCGUGCACAGCCUCAGUCACUGGAGAGCGUGUUGCUUCAACGUUUGCUACCUAUCGCUACGGCUAUCAGGAAUUUACUACAGUACACACCGGAUAUGGACGUGCAAGUGGUGCAGGCAGAUGGGUUGCUAACACUGUUAUUCGUGCUGGACCACGAGACUCAACCUCAAGGGUUCUCCUUCGCGAAUGCCCCGCUAUUGCUGCUUCGUUGCAUGGAGUGUGUGCACAUGCUUUCGUUCAGUGGCAAAUGCGUGGAUCCUCUGGCGACUGUGGUCCCUCCGUUUAUCAAGAGUGCGUUCCAGGUCGUCUACAAGAAUCUCGCUCGAACGGAAGCUUCGACUGAAGGUCAACUGGCUCGAGUGACGUUGCAGUUGUUGGGUAAUCUGUGCCUUAUUCCUGCUUGUAUCGACAACCUAGUAAAGGGAAUGGAUCCUGCGAGUCUGUCGAACCUGUUACCGCACGUGUGGCUGGGCGACUCGACUGAGAUGCAAUUGCUGCUCUGUCUGCACAUGAUUCCUCUCAAGCGACACACACAGGCAGCCACGGAAUUCGCCAAGGCUGCGGUGAGCUCGCAACUUGCGGCGGCACUGCUCAACUUGCUGUCCACACUGGUACCGAAGUCCAAGAUAGGCGAGAGUAACACGACCAAACAGUACGCGGCGCGGUUCCUGUCUGUGUUGUCAUCCAAUCCAGGCAGCGGCGGCGCUAUUUCGAGUUUACUCAUCGCGUCUCGAGUCUGGGAGACUCAUGGAGACACCACUCAAGCCACAUCGGAAGACCUUCGCCGAUUGCUUGUACCUCCACACGCCCCUGCAUUGCUAAAGGCGCCCCACGCUAAUCCUAACAAGGUUGGUUAGAGUUUGAUUAGAGCGUCGAGAUUAAAACAUUUGUAGCAAGACACCCUAACGUAAUAAAUCCACGCAUUUUGAUUGUCAAA